AUGGGUUACAACAUUUUCAGAAAUGAUCGAGUAGGAAAACUUGGUGGCGGAGUGCUACUAGCAGUUAAACAGCACAUUAAAUGUCGAGAAAUUCUUAAUAAAACAACACACAAGAACGAAAUAAUAGCAAUACAAAUUGAAACACAACCUUUUAAAUCAAUACUGAUAACCUCAAUUUACGUUCCACCAACAGCUAAGAUUGAUAUCAAUAUCUUCCAUGAACUACACAACAUCAACAACAACUGUAUUAUUGUAGGUGAUCUUAAUGCAACAUUAUUCCAAAUGGGAUCAACCAAGACAAAUGCCAGAGGAAGACAGCUGCAAGAAUUAUUUAAGGAAGGUCUUAUUGAAUGUGUCGACGAUGAUAGUACAACAUAUGAAAAAAAUGAUUAUGAAGUUAAACUAGAUUGGAUACUAGGCAGUCAGCCACUUAUAUCAUUUAUAUCAAAUGUCGAAACACAUCCAACAAUUGGCACAUUUAGUGGACAUAAACCAUUAACAUUCGAUAUUUCAAUUGGAGCUGAACCAAAACCAACUUCUCCAAGAAUAUCACUUAACUUUAAAGCAGCAAAAUGGCCAAAGUUCAGAACCAAAUUAGAUCAACAACUGAUGCUAUGGAAUAAUUUUCGUCGUUUAAAUACAGCAUUAGAUAUAGAAGAAUAUGCAAUGUUUAUUACCAACAGUAUAAUGUUAGCAACACAAGAAGCCAUCCCACCAUCUACACCAAUAAACAGAAGCUAUACACUAAGUGAAGCAUCAAAGAGCUUGAUUCAACUAAAACAUCAAGCAUAUCGAAGAUGGAAGAAGACUGGAGAACAUAUGGACAAACAACAAUACUACAACUCCAAAGCCUUAUUAACAAACUCACUUAGAAAUGACAGAAAAGACAACCUUAACAAGUUAAUGGCGUCCUUAUGUCAUAAGAAAAUGUAUUCUGAUAAGGUUUGGCUUACAGUACGUAAGUUUCAUAACAAAAGGAUCAAACAAACCUACGCCAGCAUCAUGCAUUACAACAACACGACAGCAACAUCAGACAAUGAAAAAGCAGACUUAUUUGCGGACUAUUUCGAAAAUGAAGUCUACUCUCUUACUGCUGAUACACUGCCAUUUCAUGAUCAUAUAACAAGCCAAGCAAACAACAUCAAGAACAGAAAUAUAACCUCAUCAAACACAACCAAGUGGAAGCAAAUAACAGCAAAAGAAGUCAAAUAUCAUAUUAAACAACUUCGGAAUAGCUCCACUGGACCAGACAACAUUCACAAUAGGUGUUUAAAGAAUUAUACAGAAUUACUGGUGCAACAUCUUACCAAGCUGUUCAAUUUAAUUCUGAAGAAAGGUUAUAUCCCAACGAAAUGGAAAAUGGCCAACAUUAUACUUCUAAUAAAACCGAAGAAAGAUAAGCAACAUCCGUCUAGCUAUCGACCGAUUAGUCUCCUCAGUUGCUUAGGUAAACUAAUGGAAAAAAUAGUCAAACAACGUCUAAUGCUUGAACUAGAACGACGAAACAUCUUACCAGAACAUCAAGCAGGCUUUAGACCAGGAAAAAGCACCAUCUACAACAUCGUGCGAUUAGAACGAUAUGCUCAAGGACAACUUCGACAUGCUGGCCGAAGACGUCACUCAGCGGUCAUUCUAUUCGACAUAAAAGCUGCAUUUGACUCAGUAUGGCACGAUGGUUUGAUUUAUAAAUUAAAUGAUCUACAUCUUCCACAAUAUAUCAUCAACUAUCUGAUCUCAUUUUUACACAACAGAACUGCGGCAAUAGAAAUUGAAAAUGUAUUAUCUCGUCAAUUCAACUUAAAGAGCGGCACUCCACAAGGAUCUCCAUUAUCACCAUUAUUGUAUAUUAUAUAUACGUCAGAUUCGAUGAACGAUUUACCGACUCAUACAGAACACGGGUUAUUCGCCGAUGAUACAGCACUAUGGACUUCAUCUAACACCAUGACAAGUCUUUCAUCCAGACUACAACAAUCCAUAGAUGCAUUCGAAAGUUGGUGCAAGUCAUGGAAAUUAAAAUUACAACCAACUAAAACAGAGCUGAUCCACUUCAGCAUACAUCCAAGAAAGAAAUAUAAACAUCCAGUGGAAGUUAAAGUUGAAAAUACUAUCAUCAAACCACUGGAGCAUACAAGAUACUUGGGUGUCAUUAUAGACAAAACACUAAACUGGCGAAGUCAUCUUGAUCAUAUCGAAACUAAGAUUGCACCUCGGAUCGGUCUUCUUAGAUAUUUAUCGAGAACAGCAUACGAACCCAACAACAAGACGAUGAUAAAUAUUUUCAAAUCAAUUGCACGUACAAUUAUUAUUUAUGGUUAUCCUAUUCUACUGACAGCUAAUCAAAAAAUAUGGAAUCGACUGCAGAUUAUCCAAAAUAAAGCACUUCGAGCUGCACUCGGUCUACCCACAUAUACAUCAGUAGACUACAUACAUAAGAUUAGCAUGAUACCAAAAAUUAAAGAGUAUGCAACAACAUUACUUCAACAAUCAAUUCAAACAGCAACAGCUAAAAAUGACAUCACAUUGAAGACACAUCUUCAAGAUAUAUUCAACCAUCUUUAA